GAUCUUCCAAAACUCAUCUCCUUUUACCUAGGCGAUGGAUCCUUCGUUGGUUCUCCCACCUUUAUCCCCUCGAACUUGAGUUCCUUACAGUCGAUAGAGAUCGGAAACGAAUGCUUUAUGAAAACAAGGAAAUUCACAAUCGACGGAUUGAACGCUUUGCAAUCGCUCUUUAUCGGCGAGUACUCCUUUACAAAAAAUAAAGACAUGUGGGACAGUGAUUGGUCUCGAGCAUUCACAUUGAAAAACUGCGCUGCAUUGGAAACGAUCGAAAUUAGAUACAUGAGUUUUGCGGAUUAUGCGGGACCCUUCGAAUUCAAAAACCUUCCCGCAUUGCGAUCAAUCCGGCUGGGAUCUCCCUCACUCCAAUCCACUAAUUUCAAUUACCAAUCGUUUAUUCUUCGAGAUUUUCCCAACCUGGAAGAGCUUUGGAUGGGUUCAAAAGCUUUUGAUGAGUCUCUUCAUACGGUUAUAGAAAAUCUCCCGAAACUGAAAAAGAUCGAACUACGCACACAUGCGAUUGCUGGAGUAAGAGAUAGAUACGACUGCACGCUGGUAAUGCGAAAUUUGGAGAGUUUGGAGACGCUCAGCGCGAGUGCCUUUAGCUUGUUAUAUCAGUACAAUGUAACAAUGGAAAGUACGUUGGAUCGCUCAGAAUAA